AUGUUUGGGAACACAGCGGCGAGGCCUGAAUACGCGACAGCUAAGAUAGCGGUGUGGUGGGACAUGAAGGCCUGUCCGAUUCCCGAGGGUUAUGAUGCUCGUCGGGUCCGUCCGAGUAUGGAAGCGGCGUUCAAGCAACUAGGCUACUCUGGUCCUGUCUCCAUCACUGCCUACGGCGACCUAAAACAAGCCCCUGAGCACCUCCUGCGAGGGCUCUCUUCCACUGGAGUCGCUGUUGCGCAUACCAUUCCCGGCCUUACCAAAUGUUGGCCCUGGUCACUUCUGCAGAGUGGCUCUGGGAAAGCUUACUUGCAGUUGCAGAGACAAGAAGACACGUUCUUGACAAGUGCAGUGGAAGGGGUGAAUCUACCGAAACGUUUUAUUGCAAAGUGUGCAAAUUUGAAUGCGAAAGCCUUGAUGAUUUCAGGAACCAUCUAUCAAGUGAAGAACAUGCAGAGGAGGAGGCUGAUAUUCAGGAGUCUAGGCGAGAAAGGAGGCGCUAUCGAGAGCACGAGCAAAAGGCAGUCAUAG